UAUUGGUUAUCACCGUUAACGGUAUUAUCCUCCGAAAUACAGUUUAUUAAGGCUUUGCAUUUUUGUUCCGCGAACCAAAAAAAAUUUGUUUCCCAAGUUUUUUUUUUUUGGUUAUUUUUUCUUCUUCUUUGCUUCCUCUCUCUCUCUCUCUCUCUCUCUCUUCUCUCCGUUUUCUCUCCCUUGGAAGAGAAAUUGGCGGUGGUGGCCAAUGGCGUCUUUCUCAACCAGCCUCCUCCGCCUAAUUCUUCUCUUCUCUCUCAUUUCUCUCUCCUUUUCAGCUUCCAGCGAUGUCACCCUUGACGACGAUGGGUCUCCUAAGUCCCCCUCUUGUAACAACCCUUAUAAAUUGGUCAAGGUUAAGAAUUGGGCUGAUGGUGUAGAACGGGAUACUUUUGUAGGGGUUAAUGCAAGAUUUGGGUCUUUAUUGCCUAUUCGUUAUAACUCUACUCUCAAAUGGCCUGUUGUCUUAACAAAUCCCUUAAAUGGCUGUUCUAAGUCCACAACACAGUUAUCUAGAUCUGUUGCAUUGUCAGUACGUGGUGAUUGUGACUUCACAGUUAAGGCACAGAAUGCAGAGUCAGGAGGUGCCCUUGCACUGAUGGUGAUAAAUGACAAAGAAGACCUUUACAAGAUGGUUUGUCCUGAAAAUGCCACUACUUUAAAUAUUUCAAUACCUACUGUGAUGAUUCCAAAGUCAGGAGGAGAAAAGCUAAACGAUUCUUUAUCAAGUGGUAAAAAAGUGGAAGUUGCUAUGUAUUCUCCAAAACGCCCAGUCGUGGACUUCUCAGUGGUAUUCUUAUGGAUGAUGGCUGUUGGGACACUUGCAGUUGCUACACUUUGGUCAGAUUUUACUUCUGUUGAGGAAACCGAUGAGCGUUAUAAUGAGCUAUCGCCAAAGAGAUCUUCUAAAGAUGAAACAAGUAAAGAUGAUGAGAGUGACAUUCUUGAUAUUAAUGCAAAGGGUGCUGUAGUGUUUGUCUUAACAGCUUCAACUUUUCUGGUGCUUCUAUAUUUUUUUAUGUCAUCUUGGUUUGUCUGGGUGCUGAUUAUACUUUUCUCCAUUGGUGGUAUUGAGGGAAUGCAUAAUGUUAUAGUAAGCCUGAUUUCAAGUAAAUGCAGAAGCUGUGGGAGGAAGACGUUGACUUUGCCUCUUGUGGGGGAGAUUUCUAUCCUCUCAUUCAUUGUAUUACUUUUCUGUAUGGCAUUUGCAAUUGUCUGGAUUAUCAAGAGAAAAUCUUCACAUGCUUGGAUUGGGCAAGAUAUUCUUGGUAUCUGCUUGAUGAUAACAGUCUUGCAAAUUGCUCGAUUACCUAAUAUCAGGGUUGCUACUAUACUUCUAUGUUGUGCGUUUGUUUAUGACAUCUUUUGGGUAUUUAUAUCACCAGUGUUGUUCAAAGAGAGUGUCAUGAUUGCAGUUGCUCGAGGUGACAAUAGUGGUGGAGAAGCUAUGCCCAUGCUUUUAAGAGUACCUCGUACUUUUGACCCUUGGGGUGGUUAUGAUAUGGUUGGCUUUGGGGAUAUUCUCUUUCCUGGUUUGCUUGUUUCAUUUUCUCAUAGAUUUGACAAAGCAAAUAAGAAGAGUUUUUCAACUUCAUACUUUCCUUGGUUGAUGUCAGGCUAUGGCUUAGGCCUUUUCCUUACAUAUCUGGGAUUAUAUAUAAUGAAUGGGCAUGGUCAACCUGCACUGCUCUAUCUUGUUCCAUGUACACUAGGUGUUACUGUUAUAUUGGGUUCGAUAAGAGGUGAGUUGAGGGAACUCUGGAAUUAUGGCACAGAGGAAUCUCAUGAAUCUUCUAGUGAGGCUUGAAGCUUUAGAUGUUUCGAGGUCCCCCACGGUCACAUACUCUCAGAAAUCAUGCCGAUUUCCAUUAAAUUUGCAGUUUAAAGAAAUUGCUUCGUUAAUUCUUCUUCUGAAUAGGGAUCUUAUGACAGUAUGUAUGAAGAAAUCGGUGGUAAUUGGAUAGGCAGGGUUAUUCCAUACAUGGCUAUAUUCACUCUUGGGUUUUUAUUCAUGUGUAUUUACCAUAAUUGGUAUCUCUUUGGCCCAGAGUUAGUUCUACCACUGCCUUGUUGUUUAUCUUGUAAAAAUUCUCUGUUUGAAAUGAUUUUAUUAGUCUUGUAAUAUCCAAAAAAGUUCACCCUGAUUGGUUCAUGUAAUUUUAUAAUUCCGGACGGUAUGUAUUAAGUUCAAAUCUCUUUCUUAUC